AUGGAAAAUUUAAAAAGAUUUUUAUUUAAAAUUGUUUUUCAAGAUACACCUGAAAGAAUUCCUGAAUCUAUUGAUAUAAACGAAAAUGAUAAAUGUUGUAUAUGCUUAGAUUUUAUUAGUCCAACACUCCAACGAUCUGUCACUAUUUUAUCAUGUCGACAUUUUUUUCAUAAAAAGUGUAUUAGUAAUUGGACUAAUAGUUCGGGACUUUUUUGCCCUCUUUGUCAAAAUGAGUUAGAAGGCUCUACUUCUAUGGAUUCAAUUCAAUCAAUAAAUACCCAAAAUUUUUUACCUUUUACGCCAAUUAUACCUAUCCCUACGUCUAGUUCUAUGGCACCUAAUAGAUCUACCACAGCACGACGUAAUAGAUCUACCACAACACCUACCACAACACCUGCGAGAUCCACCACAACACCUGUGAGAUUUACCACAACACCUGCGAGAUCUACCACGACACCUGUGAGAUCUACUGCUAGAUUGACCAUUACAUCUGAAUUAACUAUGGCUACAGCACCUAUCUUAUCAUUAUUAAUAGCAGCCAUGUCACCAACUUCAUCUGCAUCACCAACUUCUUCUAUGGCAUCG